UCUUUCUUUAGAAGUUUGACUUGGAGGAAAGCACGUAGUGAUCUUGAUCAGAUCGCUAGCUGAAACAGUUAAACAGCGUGACAGACAAUGUGCUGAAGAGGGUCACAAUCUGCAGAUCAUACCUCUUAUGUUAAAUGUGCAGAUCUUACUUACUGCAUGGAAAUCUGUUAUUUGAAGCAGCAAUUUUGAGGAAACUGUGAAGGUCAUAGUGGGUAAGUGGUAGCAGCAGUGUCACACUAUUUAAGUUACCUCACUGACUGAAGGACUUCUGCAGUGUGGAAACAAGAAAUUUAAUAGGAAACAGUUUUGUUCUAGUUGUUACUAACAUUUAUUUCUCAUUCUGGAAAUGAAGAAAGAAGAAUGUCCAUAGGGCUAUGAGCAGAUUGAAGGGUGGAAAGUGAAUAAUAUUUCUAAAGCAGGCUUAAGAGAGGCUUGAGAUCGAGAAGAGAACGUUGGCUGUUCAAGCCAUUCUUCAUGGGCAACUGAAACUUCAGAUGGUACUUCAUUUAACAAACAGCCUUCAGCGGAUAGGAGUUAAAGUUCUGGCAGCGUUCGUGCUUGUUUUUGAAAAAGAAAGUAACUGGAGGCCUCCGGGAGCUGCCAGAGGUCUCGGCGCUCUCCCCAUAGGCCGGGCCCCAGCUGCAGGGCGGGCCGCUGCCGCCCAGCCCCGCAGAAGCUGCCGGCGCCGCCAUGGUGGAGGCCUGGUAUAUGGACGAGUCCCAGGAGGACCAGCGGGCUCCCCACAGGCUGGAGCCCAACCGCGCCGUCAGCCUGGAGCAGCUGCGCCGCCUCGGCGUCGCCUACCGUAGAUUGGAUGCUGAUAACUAUGAGACUGACCCACGUCUGAAAGAGAUUCGGGAAGCAGAAAAUUAUUCUUGGAUGGAUAUAAUAACUAUACAUAAAGACAAGCUGCCAAAUUAUGAAGAAAAGAUAAAAACAUUUUAUGAAGAGCAUUUACACCUAGACGAUGAAAUUCGUUACAUCUUAGAUGGAUCUGGCUAUUUUGAUGUUCGAGACAAGGAUGACAAAUGGAUCCGGAUUUCCAUGGAGAAAGGAGACAUGAUAACCCUCCCUGCUGGCAUAUAUCACCGAUUUACACUGGAUGAGAAUAACUAUGUGAAAGCAAUGAGGCUAUUUGUUGGAGAACCAGUCUGGACAGCAUACAACAGACCAGCUGAUGAUUUUCCUUCUCGGAAACAGUAUAUGAAGUUUUUGGCUGAAGAAGCACAGUAAUGAUGUCUGAGACCUGACAGGUGGAACAGCCUGAAGCCAAAUAGAAUUAAUGUGAUUGGUGUUCUUUCAACUGAUUACACUACUAGUUGCAUAUACACUUAGAAUCACAGAAUCAUAGAAAAAUUUAGGUUGAAAGGUCAUUUGGAGGCCAUCUAGUCCAGUCCACUUUGAAGCAUGGAGCCAACUUCAAAAUUAGAUAUAUAGCCUCUUGGGUUUUGAAAACCUCUGGUGCAGGAGACUCCACAGCCUGUCCAGGCACCUCUUCCAGUGCUCAGCCACUCUCACAGUCAGGAAGUUUGUUUUUUUUUUUGGCCAAAUCCCCUGGCACAGCUUAUGAUUGUUUUUUUUUGCCUUGGAAAGAAUCUGGCUCUGCCUUCUUUGCAGUCCCUUCUCUAGUGGGAAACUCUGGUUAUGUCUCCUCUCAGCCUUCUCAUCUCCAGGCUAGACAAACAAGUAUCCUAACUGGACUUUGGCAAUCCAAAUUGUUUAUGAAGAUAAACAUGAUUUUCUUUGUUUCUGACUACUGAGGAAUGUCGCUUGUAACUAGCUGACAGUUAAACUUGAAUGAUUGACUAUUCCUAGUCCAAUGGCCCAGAAUUUUUUCACCCACUGCGCAGUCGAUAUCCUCAGCCUGACUACAAUGCUACAGUGGGAAACAGUUGAAAGCCUUACUGCAAUACACUGUUUUCCUCUGCUGCAGAGCCAGUUAUUUUCUCUGAGAGGGCCCAUGGGAUAGUCAGGCAGAAUGUGCCUCUGGUAAAUUGGUGCUGACCUUAUGUUUUCAAUCUCCUAUCUCUUGUGCCUAGAAUGGCUUCUGUAAUGGCUUGUUAUAGAAUCACAGAAUCAUUAACAGUGGAAAAAACUACUGAGAUCAUCAAGUCCU